UGGGUAGGGCGUCGAGUUUUUGUUCUUCGAAAUGAUAUUUCAAUUGGAGUGGGCCACAGUUUCAACAAUUACUUAACCAUACAUAGAUUUUUGGAUUAAUAGAAAAGUUUUGAUUUGAAAGUGACUAUCGAAAUCGGACACUUCACCAGCUUUGAAAACAAAUAGAGCUUCAAUUGUCGGGGCCGAUAUGUUUGUCGGCGGCUUGGUAUCGGUGUUUGUCUUCCUUCAUGCAACAGGUAUAGACUGUGCCUUCACAGUCACAACCAGCAAUGCAGAUGUGAGGGCUAAAGAAAAUGAAGGUGCUGAUCUUACCUGCACUCACACUGCUGACUUUGGUGCAAAUGCCAGAGUUGAGUGGAAGUUUAAGGACAUGAAGGGCUCUACAACUCAUGUCAUUUUUGAUGGGAAACCUACCACACCGUAUGCCAGCCGUGUCAAAAUGUUUGAUGGGGUGCUGAGGUUCAUUAACGUGACGCGGAACGAUAAUGGGGAGUAUUAUUGUGCCGUGUCUGGUAGUCAGAAGUUUGGGGAGGUCAAAGUGAAGCUCACCGUUUUAGUGCCUCCAUCCAUGCCUAUGUGUAGGGUCCCAGCCUCUGUGACAACGGCGCAUAGCGUGCUGCUUUCCUGCUAUGAUGCCCAGGGGUCACCUCCCCCUACCUACAAGUGGUACAAAGACAAUAACCCUCUCCCGGAGGACCCCAGCAAGUUCGCUGCCUUCAAGAACUACACCUACAAGAUCAACACUCUCAAUGGCAACCUGGAGUUUCCGUCUGCUUCUAAGAUGGAUACAGGAGACUACAGCUGUGAGGCUGCAAACGACGCCGGCCCUGCUAAACGCUGUCAGGCUGUCAGAAUGGAAGUCCGUGACAUCAACACUGGAGGUAUUGUUGCCGGGGUGAUCGUGGCUCUCCUAGCCCUGGCCCUGCUGGGCUUUGGACUGUGGUACGCCCGCCGCAAAGGAUACCUGCCUAAAAAGAGUGCAAGCCAACCCAAACCCUCAGUGGUCUACCAGCCAACAUCGGAGUAUGGCGAUGAAGAGGAUGGGGAAUUCAAACAGAAGUCUUCUUUCGUGGUAUAGCCAGGGUAUGCAACACAUAUCCAGGAUAUACUCAGGAGUCUACGGCAACGACAAUGAAUGCGGGUGUGUCCCAAUAACAUCUCACUUUUCUCCUGAAGUGUGCUCUUGUUCACUGCUUCCCACAUCUCAAAGCAUUGGAUUGGCAGUGGCAUGGGCUUGUGGGAGCUUCCACAUUUCUUUCCUUAUACCAGCCAUUUCCUUUCAAAUCAGUGAAGCAAAGUGCACACUUUGGGAGGAAGGAGAGAUAAUUGGGUAAAUGCUAAUACCGCUGGCCCUUUUACCUGCUCGGUGUGGAUUGAUUUUAAUGUUAUCUUUUUUAAUUCCAUCUGUUUAUAAAAACUAUUUCCACUUUAAUAUUUCUCUAACCGGCAGUCUACCUACUGUAUGUCUGCAUUAUUUUGUGGCGGCUGUGUGUAUAGGACUUUUCUAUUUUCCCCAAAAUAUUUCAAUAACGCUGGUCAUUGAUAUUUUUCUAACCCCAAUCGAACAUGCAUUUUAUGCCUUGCGUCCCAAAUUGCACCCUAUUCCCUAUAUAGUGACUAGAAGGAAGGGGAAAGGGAAUACCUACUCUGUUGCACAACUGAAGGCAUUCAACCAAAAUGUCUACUGCAUUUAACCCAACCCCGCUGAAUCGGAGAGGUGUGGCGGGCUGCCUUAAUCGACAUCCAUGUCAUCUGUGCCUGGGGAGUAGUUGUUGGGGGUUAACUGCCUUGCUCAAGGGCAGAAGGGGAUUUGAUCCAUUUGGUUUCUUGCGCAACACUUAACUGCUAGGCUAGCCCAAUAUAGAGCUCUAUGGGCCCUGGUCAAAAGAAGUGCACUAUAUGGGGAUUAGUGUCAUUUUGAGCUACAACCUACAUUCUUCACAAGGGAUUCACCUUGUGAAGUCUUGAUUGUUCAACCUGACACAAGCUUUGGAAAUUCCACAGCUCCCUCUGUCCCAUGCCUGGAUGUAUCCCAAAUGGCACCCUAUUCUGUAUAUACUGCACUACUUUUGACCAAGGCUCUAGGGCAUUUAUGUAGGGAAUAGGGUGCAGUUUGAUACGCAUACCUUGUGUGCUGUGAAUAUCCAUGCUGUUCAGUGAGUUGUAAUGUGAAAUGUUUUGUUUACGGUAGCUACAGAUAGUUUUAAAUUGUGUUUGAUCAACUCACAUCGAGCUUUAUUUAUACAGCACAUUUCUGACAUGGAAUGCAACACAAUGUGCUUUACAGGGGGGGGGGGGGG